AUGCCGAGAGCACCUUCUUCCUUCUUCAUCAACGCGAAGAACAUCUUCCUCACCUAUCCCAGGUCUGAUAACAGACCACACAGGCCCAUGUCCAUAAUAAUUGAAGGCCCAAGUAGAACUGGUAAAACAUGUUGGGCUAGGAGUCUCAAUCCUCAUGCCCACAAUUACAACGCAGGCCAUAUUGAUUUGGCCCAUCACUGUGACAAUGCGUGGUAUAACGUCUUAGACGACGUAAACCCGCGGUUUCUGAAACACUGGAAAGAAUUCCUGGGUGCACAACGAGAUUGGUCAUCGAAUUGCAAAUAUGCCAAACCUAGAAAAAUAAAAGGGGGAAUUCCAACAAUUGUGCUCUGCAAUCCAGGUCUCAAUUCUUCGUAUCACGACUAUUUAAGUGCACUAGACCGUGAGAAUCUCCUCAACUGGACUAAACAGAAUGCAGCAUUUUACUUCCUCGAACAGCCCCUAUUCGUACUCACAAACCAAGAUCAGGCACCACCUGUCCAAGAAGAAGAAGAAUUGAACAACAAUAAUUAA